ACAUUUUUCUGCUCUUUGGUCGGAUUUGCGUACUUUCCGUGCCAAUGCAAUUCUGAAUUCUUCAUCUGAAAGCAGACAUCUCAGUAAUCAAAUCUCAACUAAAACCCAAACCAAACUGAUGCGAUCGGCAGCCCGUUACCAUGGCAACACAGGAGGAUAGGAAUAGUGUGAAGGUUUAUUCAAGUGGUCCACUGGACUGCUAUGGCAGCCACCACCACCAACAACAACAAAAACAGCACAGACAUGACAGGAGGGGGGAACUCCACCUACAAUGCUACCACUACCACGGCCACAGACAUCUUCGGCAGUCCAAGCAACUCCACCUCGCCUACUGGAGCGGGCGUCUCACUGCAUACAGGCACCUUCUCUUUCCUGAUCCCCUUCAUCGUGGCAGCCGCUCUCCUGCAGAGCUACUGUUGAAGCCCGGAGCCCACAGCCCCCUCUUCUCUGCCUCAACACUUUUCCUCACCUCACCUCACCCCACCUCACCUCACCUCACCUCCCAUCCCAAUACCCCAUGCAGUCCAGCCUCUCUCAGAGACCACAAGACUAACAUGGAUGGGCUCUACAACCUUCCACGUCCUCCUUAAGUAAUGCUAAAAUAUGUAAGUCAAGACAUUUCUUUUAACAAAGGGGGGGUUAGCCUACAGCUGGAGAUCACCACCAAAUCCAACUCCUUCCUCCAGCCCCUUGCAUGGAAUCAAAAGGAACAGUGAUGCAUCUAGCUUCCCUUUUGGCUUGCAUUUCCUUAGUCAUGCCAUCACUUAUUUUGGAGAUGCUCAGGGCUGCAGGUUUUCAUGUCACGUGUCUUGAUUGAAAUGCGGACCACUUGAGUGUACAGCGGUUCUUUUUGUGGCUUCUGAUCCACCUUGGCAAUUCAUAUCCGAAUGUGUUUUGUUUGUUAAAGUGAAGUUUGGCAGAUGCAGUAGGAGGUUUGAGAAGAGUGUGAGCCAGAUGAUCUCUUUAGUUGGUUUUGCAAUCAAACAAACAAAAAAAUGUCUCUUCAGUCUUUUUGUUAGAAAUGUCAUUGAAAUGUAUGUAGCAAACAAGUUGCCACAGGAUGUGUCAGUUUUGCCAUGUGAUUUUUAAAGAGCAGUGGUCUUUUACGAUGAGGGUUUGAUUGACACCUUUACUCCCUUCAUCCAAGGGUUUGGCCCAGGAAAUGACUGUAUGUGAAACCAUAUGGGAAGGGUUGAUGUUACAGUUCCCCCUUAUAGUUUAUAUUUUGUAUAAAUGGAAAUGUUGUACUGUUUAUUAGUUUGCAUAAAGAUAAUUGAAGAAAUGACAAUGUACAAUAAAUUAUGAAA